AUGGCUUCCAAAUUGCCCCAAGGCCAUUGGACCACGCUGUCCCGCCCCUCCAGAACCAGCAUAAAAGCCAGCCCAGAGCCUCUCUCCCUCACACACUUCUCCUCACACCUUCUCCUCCUGCUGACAACAAGUCCAGGGACCCUCCACACCACACCCAUGGCCUGCAACAGCCUCUGCCGACCCUGCGGACCCACCCCGCUGGCCAACAGCUGCAACGAGCCCUGUGCCCUGCAAUGCCAGGACUCCCGCGUCAUCAUCAACCCUUCCCCUGUGCUGGUCACCCUGCCAGGACCCAUCAUGACCUCCUUCCCCCAGAGCACCGCCGUCGGAUCCACCUCCUCGGCUGCCGUGGGCACUGAACUCAAUGCCCAGGGACAGCCCAUCUCUGGGGGAUUUGGCUUUGGCCUUGGCUAUGGGCUGGGAGGCCUGGGCUGUGGCUAUGGCAGAAGGGGCGGCUACAUCUGCUAA